AUGCUGGCGCGUGCACCAUCUUCCGGUGACCGUUUCACGCCGGCGAUUCUUCCUCCAGCAUCGCCCGGCGACAGCGACUCCAGCCCAGCAGGUCCGGUCACCUGUUCAGCUUGCCUUCACAUGCCCUCCGGCCACGCACGGACGCGUGCACCAUCUUUCCGGCGACCGUUUCACGCCGGCGACUCUUCUCCAGCAUUGCUUGGCGCCGGCAACCCCAGCCCAGCAGAUUCAGAUUCAGAUUCAAUCUCCAUAGCCCAAUCAAAUAUUGCCCAUUCUGGUAAUUCUUUUGCUUAUCUAACCAAGUCUUUACCUAUUGGUUUAUGGAUCCUCGACUGUGGUGCUUCUGAUCAUAUUUCUGGUAAUCUCUCUCUUUUUUCUACUCUUGUUUCACCUUCUACACCAUCUAAACUUACAUUAGCUAAUGGUUCACAAACUCAAGUUAAAGGGAUCGGUAACGUAUGUCUCCUGCCUUCUAUCCCAUUUUCUAAUGUUUUAUUUACCCCUGACUGUCCAUACAACCUAAUCUCUGUUAGCAAAUUGACUAAAGAUCUUCACUGUUCAGUCAUCUUUGCUGUUGAAUCUGUGGUUGUGUAGGACCGGAAUACUAGGAAGAUGAUUGGAGCAGGAUAUGAGUCACAAGGAUUGUACUAUUUUUCCACUUCUAACUCUCCAAUUGCUUUUGUGUUUUCCACCUCCGUUGAACUCAUUCAUAGUCGUUGGGGACAUCCAAGUCUGAACAAGUUACAAAAACAGGUUCCUAGUCUUUCUUCCUUGCCUUCUUUAGAAUGUGAGUCUUGUCAACUCGGGAAGCAAACUCGAGCUUCUUUUCCUAAAUGAAUCGAUAAUAGGGCCACUUCUAUGUUUGACAUUGUUCAUUCAGAUAUUUGGGGUCCAAGUCGGUUAGUAUAACUCUGGGAUUUCAAUAUUUUGUUACUUUUAUUGAUGACUAUUCUCGUUGCACUUGGCUUUUUCUGAUGAAGAAUCGUUCUGAGUUGUUUCCUAUUUUUCAAAAGUUUUAUGCUUAAAUCCAUAAUCAAUUUGGUGUUCGCAUCAAGAUACUGCGAAGUGAUAAUGUAAGAGAAUAUUUGUCUUCCUCAUUCACUCAUUUCUUAUCUACUCAGGAUAUUACUCGCCAUACUUCUUGCUCUUAUAGCCCACAACAAAAUGGGGUUGCUGAGCGAAAAAAAUCGGCAUUUAAUUGAAACAGCCCGCACUUUACUCCUACAUCACAAUGUUCCAUUGCGAUUUUGGGGGGAAGUUGUCCUCACUGCCUGUUACUUGAUUAACCGAAUGCAUUCCUUUGUUUUGCAGCAUCAAAAUCCUCAUUCUAUCCUAUUUCCUAAUCAGAAUUCCACCCAGUUGUCUCUGCGUGUUUUCGGAUAUAUAUGCUUUGUUCAUGAUCAUACUCCUGGCAAAGACAAACUCCAGUCCAAAUCAGUUAAAUGUGCUUUUCUUGGCUAUUCACGGCUUUAAAAAGGUUACAAAUGCUAUAAUCCUACUACUAACAAAUAUUUUGUGUCUGCAUAUGUCACCUUUUUUGAAACCUCUCCUUACUUUUCUUAUAGUCCAACACACAAAACUUUUGUCCCUAAAGCUUUGCUUGUACCUCCGAAUCUUAUUUCUCCUUUAAAGCCAGUGUGUCCAUCUCCCACUCCUAUGUCACCUCUUUAGGUCUACACACGUCGGUCUCACCCAUCUGCUAAUAACAAUGACAUUUCUAUCUCUUAUGCAGAUACUUCUAAUAACUCACCUCUCGUUCCUUCAUCACCUACUUCGGUCAUGCCUUCAAUAACAGCAACUACUCCUCUUCUUGCUCUUCGAAAAGGUAUUCGCUCUUCCUGAAAUACUCAUCCCAUUUAUAAUUUUGUGAGUUACCAUCGUUUGUCUCCUUCCUACUAUACUUGUGUCUCUGUUGUGUCUGCUGUCUCCAUACCCAAGACAGUUAAAGAAACAUUGGAUCAUCUUGGUUGGUGUAAUGCCAUGGUUGAAGAAAUGAAUGCUCUGCAUAACAAUGGAACUUGGGAACUGGUAUCCUUACCACCUAGUAAGUCUACUGUUGGUUGUCGAUGGGUUUACACAGUUAAGGUGGGACCUGAUGGCAAAAUUGAUCGCCUAGUUAAAGGUUACACACAGAUUUUUGGGUUUCAUUACAGUGAUACUUUCUCUCCAGUAGCCAAAAUAGCUUCUGUUUGCCUCCUUAUCUCAUUGGCUGCAAUUAAUCACUGGACCCUGCAUCAGCUGGACAUUAAAAAUACCUUUCUUUACGGAGAGCUCGCUGAAGAAGUUUACAUAGAGCAACCUCCAGGGUUUGUUGCUCAGGGGGAGUUAGGCUUAGUAUGUCGUCUUCGACGCUCUUUGUAUGGGCUAAAACAGUCUCCAAGAGCAUGGUUUGGACGAUUUAGCACUGUAGUUCAACAGUUUGGAAUGUCUUGAAGUAAUUCUGAUCAUUCCGUAUUUUUUCGUUAUAAUGGUGAUAGAUGCAUCUACUUGGUGAUCUAUGUUGAUGAUAUUGUCAUUACAGGAAAUGAUCAUGAUGGAAUCUCUCAGCUUAAGCAACAUUUGUUCAGUCAUUUCCAAACUAAAGAUCUGGGAAAAGUGAAGUAUUUCUUGAGAAUUGAAGUGGUAGUCUAAAACAGGUAUUGCGAUUUCUCAAUGGAAAUAUAUUUUGGAUAUAUUGGAAGAAACAGGCAUGUUAGACUGUAGACACGUGGAUACUCCCAUGGAUUCAAAUCUCAAACUUGUUCUUGAACAGGGGGAGCCACUUAAAGAUCCUGCUAUAUAUAGAAGAUUAGUUGGCAAGCUCAAUUAUCUCACUAUCACACGACCAAAUAUUUCCUUUGCUAUAAGUGUAGUUAGUCAAUUUCUUUAAACUCCAUACAGUAAUCACUGGGAUACAAUCAUUCGCAUUCUUAGAUAUAUCAAAGGAGCUCCAGAAUAGGGUCUACUCUAUGAGGACAAGAGUCACUCGCAAAUUGUUGGCUAUUCUGAUGCAGAUUGGACAGGUUCUCCUUCAGAUAGACGAUCUACUUUAAGAUAUUGUAUUAUGAUUGGAGGAAAUCUUAUAUCCUGGAAAAGUAAAAAACAGAGUGUGGUUGCAAGAUCAAGUGCAGAAGCAGAAUAUCGAGCUAUGGCUUCAGCAACAUGCGAAGUCAUUUGGUUGAAGUAACUCCUUCAAGAAUUGAAAUAUAGCGAUAUUGGCCAAACGAAGCUGAUAUGUGAUAAUCAAGCUGCCCUCCAUAUUGCAUCAAAUCCUUCAAGAAUUGAAAUAUAGCGAUAUUGGCCAAACGAAGCUGAUAUGUGAUAAUCAAGCUGCCCUCCAUAUUGCAUCAAAUCCAAUUUUUCAUGAGAGGACGAAGCAUAUAGAGGUGGAUUGCCAUUUUAUUGGACAAAAGAUUGAGUCCAGAUGCAUUUCUACUAGCUUUGUCAACUCAAAUGAUAAACUAGCUGUUGUUUUCACAAAAUCACUUCGAAGAUCACGAAUCGAGUAUAUUUGUAACAAAUUUGAAGUAUAUGAUAUGAACGCUCCAACUUGAGGGUGCCUUCCAUAUUGCAUCAAAUCCUUCAAGAAUUGAAAUAUAGCGAUAUUGGCCAAACGAAACUGAUAUGUGAUAAUCAAGCUGCCCUCCAUAUUACAUCAAAUCCAAUUUUUUAUGAGAGGACGAAGCAUAUAGAGGUGGAUUGCCAUUUUAUUGGACAAAAGAUUGAGUCCAGAUGCAUUUCUACUAGCUUUGUCAACUCAAAUGAUAAACUAGCUGUUGUUUUCACAAAAUCACUUCGAAAAUCACGAAUCGAGUAUAUUUGUAACAAAUUUGAAGUACGUGAUAUGAACGCUCCAACUUGAGGGGGAGUGUUGAGAUCUUUUUUGUAAAUAGCCUAGAUUUGUAGUAAUAAUUAGGGAUAUGAUUAUGUGAUAUGAUUGGGAUAUGAUUAGACUAUAAUUAGGGAAUUAAUUUAUUUUUUUACUUAAUAUGUAUUCUUGUAAGUAGUAUAUAUACUCCAAUUGCCUUGAGGGGAAUAAUCUAAUUAUUUUCUCUCAAAUCUUCCACUCUCUUUUUCUUCUUUUCAUCAAAGGUUUCAAUAACUAUAUAUGUGUUAACAAAUUUUAAUUUAUACAUUCAACAGAACUUAUACUGAUUUAAGCUUAUACUCUCUUCCAUCUUUGCCUUCUUCAUGGAUGUGAUUUAUAGUUUUCUACUUCAUGUUCAUGUGCUUUGUAUGGAAUAAUAGAAGAUGUUCUCAAUCUUCUGGUUGAGUGAUAGUACACUCAUGAUAUAGUAUGUAGAAUCGAAGAUGCUGUAAAUGUUGGAAGUG